AUGUACAUAGAUGAGGUUGAUGCUCACUCUCCUUUAAAACCAGGUAAUUCAGCGUUCAAAAAGUUCUUUCUUGUAUGGAUUGAAGCCCUCAUCAGGCUGAAAAAUACAGAUAUUGCAAAAAAGAAGAUUGAUCAUUACCUCGAAUUGGCAACAACUAAGGAAGACCAGGAAGCUGUUACUCCUAUGUUGUAUCAAAUAUACCAAUUAGAAGAAGAACAAAGGAAUAUAGAGGAAGAAGUUGUGGAUAGCGAUAAUGAAUAUGUUAAAGAUUCUAAUUAUACUGGUAUAAAACAGCAAAGAAUGAAACAGGAAGAAAUAAAGGAAAACCAUCAGAAAAAGAAACGGUAUCGUCCAAAAAGAGUAAACGAACCGUUGGAAUCAUUUACAAUGCCAACUUCAUGGAAUGGAUUCCAAGGUAAAUGGCCUAAAAUCUUAAAAGAAAUUUCACGGACUAAUGAUUGUAUCAGCUCUUCAAAAGAAAACGAAACAAUAAACAUUCCAAAAGGUCACGAAGUUUCUGAUGUCGAAAGCGAUGAUGCAUUUGAUAAAAUGUCUAGAGACAAUUGGAUAGGCUCUGAUAAUACAACCAGUGAUUACAAAGACGAUGGAGACAGCGAACCAAUUGAUUAUUACGAGGAGAGUGUUAAGAUGUACGAAAACGAUAACGACAAUGAGUUAAAUGAGCAUGAUGUCUUAACAAAUGGUAUUCUAUUAUCAGAAAAAUACUUAGAUCAACAUUCAAAGUCAAAACACAAGAAACACUACUUUGAAUACAAAGAAUUCUACGACAAAGAAAAAAUAAAAGAACUUUGUAUAAGAUAUCCAAACAAAUUCAAGAUAUGCACAGUUAAACUUGAGGCUGCGCAUAGGGCAAUAUGCAAAAUCACGGACCAUUCUGGGGGAAAAUCAGAAAUUGAGAUAUCUGGAAGGUCGAAAAUUGGAAAGGUUUUUAACGACGAUGAAGUUUGUGUUGAAAUACUAAAGGAUGAGAUAUACGAAUACAAAAAGAACAAUCAUAUUGGUCCAAGGCUUAACGUUACUCCAGAUAUGUCCAAACUGAAUUUGAAAGUUUAUGGUCAGAUAAGAGGAGUUUUUAAAAGAAUUCAUCACGCUAACGUUAAACAUCCAGUAUUUGUUUGUAUGUUGGAUGAAACAGAAUAUCAUUUAAUGAGACCAGUAUCAAAAGCAAUACCAAAACUUCAUAUAAUGAAUAGAAAUUGUACAAAUGAUUAUCAAAUUGAUUUAUACAAUUAUGACAAAGAGAAGGGAGAACUAGAACACAAAGAACUAUUCAAUAUCAAACCAGGAGAAAUAGAGAACUACAUUUUUUUGGUAGCAUUGAUCUGUUGGCAUGACAUAUACCCACGUGGUGCAGUUAUUAAAGUAUUGAAUGCAAAGAGUGGUAUAAAUACAGGAAUGGAAAUCUUGAAACUUCAACACCAGGUGCCUACUACGUACAAAAAGGAGACAAUAGAAAAUCUUAAUUGGUUACUAGAAUUAGAUGAACCUCUUGUGUGCAAAAAAGAUAGAACGGACUUAACAGGUAUGGAGGUUUUCACGAUUGAUCCAUCAAAUGCUCGAGACUUAGAUGAUGCUUUAAGCAUUGAAGAGCUUUAUGACAUAUACAGAGUUGGUGUGCACAUUGCAGAUGUCACAACUUACAUUGAAAAGGGUAGCCACAUUGACGUUGAAGCUUAUGAGCGUGCCACAACUUUUUAUCCCGGCCAAGGUAUCAAUCCAUACCACAUGUUGCCUAAACCAUUAAGUACGAUAUUAUGCAGCUUAAUUCCAGGAGAAAAGAGACCAGCAAUAUCCAUAUUUUUCACCUUUGACAAAAAGAAAGGUCUCCAAAAGCAUUUAACUAAAAUUAAAAGAAGUCAAAUAAAAUCAAUUAAACAGCUGUCAUAUAGAGAAGCUCAAGACAUCAUUCUUAAAGUUGACACCACGAUUUCAGAUUCAUUAUGUAAGCAAGUAAAUUGCUUGUUCAAACUGGCUAAAACCCAAAGGCUUAAUAGAUUGGGAAGUGGCAUGUUUUACUUUCCGAUGGCAGUAGACGGUGAGGAUGACGAUUUCAAGGAUACACUUGAGGCUCAUUAUUUGGUAGAGGAAUUCAUGAUACUUGCUAAUCAUACAGUAGGGAAAUUUCUUAUAGAAAAAUUUAAAGACUGCAUUCCACUUAGAGUGCAGCAGCCACCAAACCCGGAACAAGUAAGAACAUGGUUGGAAUCCAAUAAAUAUUAUGCUGAUUUGAUAGUGAAGUUACAGGAGAUUCGUCCGUCUCCAACAUUAUGGCACGAUCGAAAGCUAACAAUCAAAGAAACUCCAACAGGAAGAUAUACCAAACUUCUCAUGUAUCAACAUUGGGUUUGGAAAAGACUACUGUUAGCAAUCGAAAGAAAGGAUUACAAAGUCGCUAGUCAAAUCAUAGGUUGUGAUGACUUACAUCCAUUCUCGUGUUUGGCACUUGACGAGUGGUAUGAAUACCAAGAAAGAGCAGAAUACAAAUGUUCAGGCGAAGUACGUGCAAGACAAGAUGGUUCUCAUUUUACCCUAGGUAUGUUUCCAUACACUCAGUUUACAUCACCAAUUCGACGAUACGUCGAUAUCAUUGUUCAUCGGUUAUUGCAUUGUGCUUUAGAUAAGAAGGGUUCUUGCUACACGAAAGAUGAGGUUUCCGAACUGUGUUGUUAUCUUAACGAAGUGACAAGGCGAUCAAAGAAAUAUCAAAAACAAUGUAGGGCACUGACAUGGGGAUAUAAACUAAUGAAAGAACCUCAAAUUUUACAUGGAUUUGUUAAAACUGUUUCAGAUAAAGAGGUAUCCGUUGUUUUCCCAGGUCAUAGAUAUCUACCAAAAAGUUCAAAAACUCUUCAACUGAAUUAUCUAAAUGCUGUAAAGAAACCAGAAUUCAAGACAGAUAGGUUAAACGGUAGAAAAAUUCUAGAACUUACUUGGAAAAAGAGAUUAUACUCCUUCAACGGGUAUACGCCUAUCAAGAAGAAGGAAAUAAAGGAGGAUGGUUACAGAUUAAAUCCUCAUAACAGGGGAUUUUUCCAGCAACAAAGGAAAUGGAAAGAAAUAAUGGAGAGAUUCACAUCAGCAAAAAGUCCAAGGGAUAAAAUGAAAAAAUUACUAGAAACUAUCAACAAUGAUGAAUUAGGAGAUUCGAAGGAAAACGUAGACAAGCUAGUCGAAAACGUGCCAUCAUGUUUUAAGACAGUAAAAGAUGUAAGUUCCGAGGUACGAGAAGGAUCCAUCACAUUACAGAGUUGUAAGUUUACUAUGACAUUUAAUCACCAACAAAUAGUACCUCUUCAACUAUCUUCCGAAUCUGUUAAGGGUGUGCUCAUUCCACAAAUCGAGAUCUUUGAUAUGACAAAAAAUGUCAAACAUUGUUUCCUUCAUGUCAAAGACCCUAUCAAAUAUCUAGAGCAAUACGCAACUUCUCCGUCAAAAGAUCGGUACUUUAGUGCAGUCGAUUAUCUUAGAACGUGGAAACCACUAGUAGAAAUGGAAUCAGCUGCAAACUCAGUUAAAAGUAGUACGGCGACAAUUAAUGAUGUUCCUGUUAAAUUUCUCUCAAAGUAUGAAGGAAAAUUUUCAUUAAGCAAAGGAUUUUGUGACCAAAGGAACAUUGAGAUAAACAAGACACCUUUAAGUGUGUUUCUCACUGAUAAUGAAGAAGCCAUGGAUGAAGAAAAUGAGGAAGGAAUAAAAGAAAUUGCUAGUCCAGAUUAUAUAUGUAUUAAGUGUCCAAUAUUUAAACCGUCAAUAGACAAAUGGGAUAUAAUCAAAGGAAAUAUUGCACCCACUGAUUAUAUCAUUUGGAUGGCACAUGCAAAAAUUGAUAGAGCCCAAGUUCGAAAAGGAAAAACCGAUUUUAUAUUCCGACUUCAUAGAAAUAGCAAACCGGUUCCUCUUGAACUAAUGAAAGAAGAUAGCAGGCAUAGGUACAGCAUUGAAAUCAUUUUCAAAUCCAGUGCAGAUCAGAGAAUCGAUGCAGUUCUACAAUGCCUCAACAAAGCCACCAGUCUAGCUAAAGCUAUAGCCUUGGGGACUUCAAUGCCAAAACUUGAUAAAGGCCAUUUUAAACUAGGCAGAGACACAGAGCCAGACGUUACGGAUAUAGGAUUAGUUGGUAACAACAGACAACAGUAUAAUGCUAUACAGAGGGCGCUGCAAACAUCAUUUAGUUUAAUACAAGGUCCACCAGGUACUGGAAAGACCUACACGGGUAUCAAACUGGUUUACCUGUUUAACCAGAUCAAUCUGAAAUGGCAAGAGAGGGGCAAUGAAAUGAAACAGAUUAUUUUCUGUGGUCCAUCAAACAAAUCUGUAGACUUGGUGGCAAGUAAGUGA